AUGAAGGCCCCCUACCUGCUGCUGCUCGCCGCGCUCUCCGCCGCGGCCGCGUCCUCGCCCCUCGCCCCCGACGCGGGCUCGUGCCACGGCUUCACCUCCAAGGACACGUGCGUGAAGAACCACUGCGCCUGGUGCGAGUGCGCCGCCGUGCCGUCGUCCUGCUACACGCCCGAGGAGGCGGACCAGCUGCCCCCCGCCAUCUUUCAGUGCGAGAAGGGGGCGCUGCAGCAGACGCUGCCGUGGGACCUCACGAGCGUCCCGUCGACGUCUGCGGAGCUCCGCGGCCUGUUCGCCGCCUGGAAGAGCGCGCACGGCAAGAGCUACGACUCGCCCGCCCAGGACGAGCUGCGCCGCGGCAUCUUCGAGGUCAACGCGCGCUCGGUGGCCGCGCACAACAGCAAGCAGAGCAAGAGCUUCACUAUGGAGCUCAACCAGUUCGCGGACACGACGUGGGACGAGUUCCAGAGCUGGUACCUGGGCGCACCGCAGCAGUGCUCGGCCACGACGGAGGAGAGCGGCCUGGAGUACGGCGAGGUGCCGACGGAGAAGGACUGGCGCGCCGACGGGGCCGUGUCCCCCGUCAAGAACCAGGGCAAGUGCGGCUCGUGCUGGACCUUCUCGACCACGGGCUGCCUCGAGAGCCACCUGAAACUCAAGCACGGCCAGUUCAAGAUCCUGUCGGAGCAGAACUUGCUGGACUGCGCGCAGGCCUUUGACAACCACGGCUGCAACGGCGGUCUGCCGUCGCACGCCUUCGAGUACGUCAAGUACAACGGAGGCUUGGACACGGAGGAGACGUACCCGUACGAGGCUAAGGAGGGCAAAUGCAAGUUCAACACGUACCAUGUUGGCGCGCAGGUGGAGCAGGUGGUGAACAUCACGUCGCGGAACGAGAAGGAGCUGAAGGCUGCCGUGGGCUCCACUGGCCCGGUUAGCAUUGCCUUCCAGGUGGUGUCGGACUUCCGCUUCUACAAGUCUGGCGUGUACGAGUCGACGGAGUGCCACUCGGGCGAGAAGGACGUGAACCACGCCGUGCUGGCUGUGGGUUACGGCGUGGAGGACGGCAAGAAACACUGGAUCGUCAAGAACAGUUGGGGCGCCGAGUGGGGCAUGGACGGCUUCUUCCAGAUCGCGCGUGGCAGCAACAUGUGCGGCCUGGCGGACUGCGCCUCGUACCCCGUGGUGGCGUAAAACUACCGACCAACCGAUCGCGUGACGCUGAAACAAGAGAGCUGCUGCAUGUAUAACGGUUCGUCAUCCCAUCCACGUAUCAGCCUGGCCAGGUUUCAAAUGGCGUGUUCGGGCAUCAAGUUGCCGCCGUCGGACAAGGUGGACCAUUUUCCGGAGGAGAAUAAGACGGAGCGAAUGAAAGAUCACCGGAAUGU